AUGAAUUCAAUCAAAUCAUUAGUCAAUUCAUUUGACAAAUUCUAUCCCAAUAGUACUUUUGACGAUUCAGUGAUACUGCAAAUAAAUGAUAUACCAGAAGAAGAAGAAGAGGAAGGAGAAGAUGAUAGACAAAAAACCUUAGUGCCGAUAAAAUUACAAACUGAUAAGUCGUUGACCGAUUCGAAAGAUUCAUUGUCGGAAAAACAUACACAACAAGUCGAAAUAGAAGAAGAGGACAACAACGAAGAAGAAGAAGAAGAAGAAGAAGUAGACGAAGAAGAAGAAGAGGAAGCGGAAGACGACGACGAAGAUUCAAUAAACUUAAUUGAAGAAAAGAAAAAGCUAGAUAUUGAUUCAGCAAAAUCACAUCACGAUGAACAAUUUCGACUGCAAACCCACCAAGAUCAACAAUCAAUAUUAUUUUUUAUUAUCAUUUUCAUUCUACGGUGUGUGAUUUUUUUACCUAACAAUUUAAUUAUAAAACCAAUUUUAUAUGCAUAUUAUAUAAUCACUUUCCCCAUUAGAUAUACUACUCAACAACUUGGAUCCACUAGUUAUACUUUAAAAACUGAAGAUGAAUCACAAAUAUCUCCAGCAAUUAUCCCUGAAGAAAUCAAUGAUCCAUUUGUUACACGAGCAAAUACAAAGACCACCGCAACCACCACUACCACCACCACUAACAAACCAACACCACAAGAAGCAGAAUUACCUAGCCUUGACGAAUGUUACGAUAAAAAAACUGAACAGAUAAAACAUAACAAUUUCAUUUCCAAUACAAUGAAAUCCCCAACAUCAUUUUCUAAAUAUAUGAUUCCUCCACCCCAACGAUUAUUCCCCUUAUCAAGAAAUCCCGAAAAGAGGCGAAGAAAGAAAAUAUUAAUUCUUGAUUUAGAUGAAACUUUAAUUCAUUCAUUAUCUAGAGGAUCCCCCCGUUCAUUUAAUCCUGCAACUGCUUCGAAAAUGAUAGAAAUAAAAUUAAACAGUAUAUCGUCGUUAUAUUAUGUUUAUAAACGACCUUAUUGUGAUUAUUUUCUUCAAGAAACUUCUCAAUGGUUUGAAUUACAAAUAUUCACUGCUAGUGUUAAAGAAUAUGCUGAUCCGAUAAUCGAUUGGUUAGAAACUGAAAUUCUUGAUCGACAAAAUAAACGUAGUUCAAAUGGUUCUGCUACAACCAAAUCAACUACAAAAACCACAACCAAUCAGACGAAAAUUUUCACUAAACGAUAUUAUAGAAAUGAUUGUACUUAUAGAUCAGGAGUUGGAUAUAUUAAAGACCUUUCAAAAUUCAUUAAAGAUGAAGAUUUAAAACAUGUAAUGAUUUUAGAUAAUUCACCAAUUAGUUAUGCUUUACACGAGGAAAAUGCUAUUUCUAUAGAAGGAUGGAUUAAUGAUCAAAGUGAUAAAGAUUUAUUGAAUUUAUUACCAUUAUUGAAAAGUUUAAGUCUUGCUAUUGAUGUAAGAUAUAUAUUAGGAUUAAAGAAUGGUGAAAAAUUUAUAGAAUAA